CCCCCCGCACCGCACCCCCCACCAUGAAGUCGGCUCAUUUCUUUGACAUGAUGGACAAGAUGGAGGACGACUACAUUCCUUAUCCGAGGAUCGAGGAGGUGCUGGAGAGGGGGGCGCCGUACCCUCAGGUCAUCCUACCUGAGUUUGGAGGUUACUGGAUCGAGGAUCCCGAGGCCCCUCCUCCCACCUCCCUGAAAAUCAAGAGGCAGGAGGAGGAUGAGACGGAGGAAGAGGAGGAGGCGGAGCAGGAGGAAGACACCCCCCCAGGGGAUUAUGGGUACCGGCUGGAGGAGAUCAGCGGGGCUGCACGGGCGUACAGGAAGCACUUCUUGGGCAGAGAGCAUUUAAACUUCUCUUGCUCGACCGGCAGUCUGGGAAACCUGCUGCUUUCUGUGCGGCACGAAGAAGAGAAGGAGCAGGAGUCCCUCCACGUUAUCAUCAGGUCUCGGGUGAAAAGCGUCUACCACAGAUUGUCUCUGACCGAGCUGCCUGACAUCCCCAGCGUACCGGAGCUCGCCAAGCUGCUGUGUGAGGAAGCAGCAGGCCUGCGCUUCAGUCCCGUCCUCUACCCGAAGGCGUCUCAGCUGAUCGUAAACUACGACGAGCACGAGGUCAACAACACCUUCAAGUUUGGAGUCAUUUACCAGAGAUUUGGACAGGUGUCUGAGGAGGAGCUGUUCAGGAACAACGAGGAAACGCCGGCCUUCACAGAGUUCCUGCAACUGCUGGGAGACACAGUGCAGCUGCAGGACUUCAAGGGGUUUCGGGGAGGUCUGGAUGUGUCCCACGGUCAGACGGGUUCCCAGUCAAUCUACACCGUCCACAGACAGCAGGAGAUCAUGUUCCACGUCUCCACCAAACUGCCCUUCACAGAGGGAGACACACAGCAGCUUCAGAGGAAACGUCACAUAGGAAACGACAUCGUGGCGGUGGUGUUCCAGGAGGAGGCCACGCCUUUUGUCCCAGACAUGAUCGCCUCCAACUUCCUGCACGCCUUCAUCGUGGUGCAGGUGGAGGAGCCUUGCGGUGACAGCAGCUCCUACAAGGUGUCCGUCACAGCACGAGAAGACGUUCCUCCGUUUGGCCCGCCCCUCCCAAAUCCAGCCGUCUUUAAGAAGGGUCCGGAGUUCAGAGAGUUUCUCCUCACUAAACUCAUAAACGCAGAGCUGGCCUGCUACAAGAGCGACCGCUUCGCCCGGCUGGAGGAGCGUACCCGGGCCGCCCUGUUGGACAGCCUCCAUGAUGAGCUGCAGAGACGCUCCCAGAGCAUGCUGGGAUUGACAUCAGGUCUAGAGGAGGAGGGGCGAGGUGAGAACGGACACGCCCACGGAGGUCUGCUGGAGUCCAUUAAGAGGGCGAUGCGAGGACGGAGCGUCUCCAUGGAGACCAUGUCGCGGGGCGGGGGAGGUCUGCCGACCAGUCUGAGUGGGGGGGGUCUGGCUCACAUUAACGCUGAGGGUAACGUGAAAUCUCCUGUGAAGCGGCGAUCGGGACUUUUUCCCCGUCUGCUGAGCGUCGACAGCCAAACGGAGAAGCAAAACCAGAGGAGCCUCCUCAGUGAGCAGAGGAGCUUCGACAGCUGCCACCCGACACUGGAGGUGAGGUCAGAGCUGCCGUCCAAUCCCAGCUCUCCAGAGGCGGGACAGCGGGACAGGAUCCACAUGAAGAAGGAGAGCAGUAAGAUUUCCAGAUCGACAUCCAGCACCUGCAGCUUCAGCAUCCCUGCAGACGACACACACCUGCUCGCCCAGGCUGCGACGGCAGAAGGUCAAAGUUCAACUCCGCUCAUCGUCUGUCGCAGCCCCACAGAGCUGAAAAAUAAAAGCUCUCCCAGACCUAACCUCAAGUUUCGCUUUGACAAGUUGAGUCACUCUGCGGCGCAGGGUCACUGACCUGAGGACGCAGAGGAGAACAAUAAACAUCAGCCUCAAUAAGGAGGAGGAGGAGGAGGAAGAGGAGGAAGAAGAAGAGAAAGAGGAGGAGGACAUUAAUGUGAAGACACUGAUGGAAACACACACACUGAGGCUGAAGCUUCAGCAUUGGGCGUGAUCUUCAGGUCACCCCGACAGUUUUACUCGUGAAAAUGUGUUUCCUGUUCACGUUCAGCCGGUGAAACCAGUUGUAACAGAAAACACCUCUGAUGAUGUCAUAGUGAUGUCACCAAGGUCGGCGCAGGAGGCGGAUCUGGUGUUCACCUGUGCACCGUGUCCUGCAGUAUUUCGUUCCUCGUAUGUGAAGGACCUGGAUCCAGGAGGAUGCUGACCAACUUCAGGGGCCCGUACCACGAAGCAGGUUCCACAAACCCAGGAUACAUGUCCGUUAUCAGGCUCAGCCGUCACUCGAGCUGGCCAUCAGCUCACUAAGUGCACAAUAUUGACAAAAUCUGAUAUUACGAUAUUCAUUUUGAUUUUCUUAAACAUGUAAAAACACACGUUGGUGGGUUUCAGAAACGUUCCCCCUUUGAUCUCACAUUCAUCUUCUUUCUAUUCUUUUUGCCCACUUUGCACUGGUUUACUACUUACACAACUAUUUUAAGUAUGUAUCAUAUAAUUAUUUUAAUUAAGUCCAGACCCCCCUCACGAUUUCCACCUAUGCAACUAAAGCCCCUUCUCCACUGCACAGUACCAGCUCGACUCACCUCUGUUUGGGUUUCCACUGUAGAAAUGUUGCACCUGUACCUGCUUCCAGGUACUUUUUUCGGAUCACCUCCGUCGAGGUUCCAUGCGAGCGGAGGGAUACUAAAAUGUGACGUGAAAACACAGCAGACUGCUGAUUGGUCAGAGAGAGCAGGGCCAAACCGAGUCGAGGCAAGCUGGUACUGGAAAAACGGCAUAGGCCACACAGCCAGCGGACGCCACAACUUUCUGCAACAUUUUCAACGUGAUAAUGCGAUAACAGUAAUCAGUCAAUAUAUUGUGCAACACAACCGUGAGCGCGUUCAUGUCAAAGAUGACCAAUCACAGAAAAGCAAAUGGUGAUAUGGGACAAACAGGAAGGUGAACUGAUAUUGCAGCUGAAAGGCAACAGUUACGUUUGUGUUCCAUUAAAUGAAAGUGUUCUUACGGCGUGUUUGAACACCUGCUGCUCACCAGAGGAUCUUCAGAUCUAGAGCGAUGUUAAAAACGUGGGAUCCCACAGAGAGAAUGACCCGAUGACACACCAGACGGUUCAGUCUCAGGACCACACACUCGGCGUUAAUAUUAAAACGGUUUGGCGUUUCUGGGGGACUUGGGAUCUCACAGACAUGGAGGCAGACGGUCGUCGUCAGCUGGUCGACCUUGUGUGUUUUGGCAAAGAAAAACAAAAGAAGAGAAUCAAACUGGAUGAACUCGAGGCUGAGAAGAGGGAAUCAGCGGCGAAGGCGAAUCGGACCCAGAAUCAGAAAUACUUUAUUGAU